AUGUCGACUGAAAAUACCAACGUCAACGUUGUUGUCGGUACCCCUGCCAACACUGUGAGAACGUCCACAGUGGCGAAUCAUGCUGAACGACCCGAGAAGUUCUCGGGGGAGACCGACGCUCAGGCUUUGAGCGCGUUAGAGGCUUGGAAGCACUCGGAUUUCAUAUGUCGAGGCUAUGUACUCAACGGCCUUUCGGGUGCGCUGUAUAAUGUGUACUACAACGUCAAGACUUCCAAAGAUUUAGGGGAUGCUUUGGAUAAAAAGUACAAAACGGGGGAUGCAGGAACAAAGAAAUUUGUUGUCGCCCGUUUCUUGGACUACAAAAUGGUUGACAACAAGACUGUUAUGAACCAAGUCCAAGAGUUGCAAAUUAUACUACAUGACAUCCAUGCUGAGGGAAUGGUACUUAGCGAGACAUUUCAAGUGGCAGCCAUGAAUGAGAAAUUGCCUCCUUUGUGGGUAGAAUUUAAGAACUACCUAAAGCACAAGCGAAAGGAAAUGACGAUUGAGGAACUUGUCGUCCGUCUUCGUAUAGAAGAGGACAACAGGUUGGCCCGAAAAGGCACCAUUUUGCAAGCUUCGGCUAAGGCAAACAUGGUGGAAGUUGGGGAGUCCUCAAAGGGCAAUAAAGGCAAACGGGGUAAAAAGGACAACAAGGGGAAAUAA